GAGAGCGAGCUCAGAGAGGGAGAGAUGGAACACGAAAGUUGCAGAGGAGGAGCUAAAGCAAUGUUAAAUCUUCAACCGAACUCCUCAAUCUCGACCGCUUAUCACCCCCACUUUGGGCCCCAUGAUGAUCUUAUGCUUCUUGAAAUCGACGAGAAGCUGCUUCCUGAUAUCCUUCACAACAGAGUAAGUCUACGAGGUCAGUCCGACGAAGAAGUUGUUCUUUGUACGCCGUCCAAGACUUAUGCCGUCAAGUUGUUCGGAACCUCCAAUUUUGUGUUCCUCGUUCCUCCAUCAGAUCCGUCAGAGUCGAGUGAGACUGCUAGCAAUGAGCCAGUGGUUGCAUCGGUACUCAAAGUGGCACUUGGAAUUAUGGAACUUGUGGAAGUUGCUCCCAAGCUGGAUAAGCUUAAAUUGCUCCUCAUGGAGAACCCCUACAGACCAGAAGAUGAGAUGGAUGUGGAGGAAUUGGAGGAGAUUGAGAAAGACAAGAUGGGUUUGUUUCGAUGGGAGGACUUAGUUGACAGGAUACAAGCUAGUGAUGAGGAAUUGAGAGCUGGUCUGCGAGCUCUUUUGGCUGUGGAGAUUGAUGGCUAUUGGAGAAUCGUGGAUGAGAAGUAUAUGGAUAUUGUUCUGAGUAUGCUUUUGCACAAUGCGGUGUUGAAUGGAUGGUCUUUAAAUGCACUUAAGGAAGAUGAAGUUGUGGGCAUGCUGGAGGCUGAUGGGUUUCCCCGCAGGCUAGCACUGCAUUGUUUGGAAAUGUAUGGAGGCCAGGUAAGAGAGGGGAAUGGGAGCAACGGUAGAGCGUGGGUUUUGGAUGAGAGGUGGGUUUGUAUUCAUUUUGCCAGAGUGGUUCUGAAAGGAGGGAAGAUGAAAAUGGAGAGUUUUAUGGAUGAGUGGAUGAAGAAAAUUCCUGCUCGGAUGUCUGCAAGCUUUGAGAUGUUGGAAGGGGAAGUGUUGGUAGAGAGGCUUGGAGUUGAGACAUGGAUCCGUGCCUUCAGUGUUUCAUCUCUGCCCUCCACUCCUGUUGAUCGUUUUGUAGUGCUCUUUAGGGAGCGACAGAAGUGGGAAUGGAAGGAUUUACAGCCAUACAUCAGAGAUUUGCGUAUACCAGGUCUCCCAUCAAAAGGAUUGCUUCUAAAGUACACUCGAAAAAUGCAGCCUACCUCAGAUGCUGAACCUGUUUUCAGUGCAAGAUAA